AUGUACUUCCAGGGUACCCCCUCCUUGGCCCUUUCUCCCUUUUCUGUUAUCUCUUUUUCUGAAGAGGAAAGCCAUGGAGAGGCCAGUUUCUCCCAAACACCAUCCAGUGAAUGGGAUGAGACCCGAUUGAUCUUUGCUGUCAGACAAGAAAUGAAAAAGAGAGCCAGAGGAGCACCCAAUGCGGCCUGGAGUUCCCCUGCGAGGCCUCCCAGCGCCACAGGCCUCUGCAGGAGAAGCCAGGCCCCGUCGGCCUCUUCGGGGGUCUCCCAGAGUCCCCCAGAGCCCAAGCUGGAGAACAGGGUGGCAGACGCAGCUCUGGCUGACCCACCUCUCCAAAACCGGCCCUGGGACGCGUCCGGAAGUCCGGGGUGGGUGGGGGUGGGGGGCGCGGUUGCCAUGGCACUGGAGAUGCUCCCCAAGCAUCCUCAUGGCGGGGGGAAGGGGGGGGAGAAAAGGGGACCCAAGGCGGACGCCUCCCUCCACGGCAAUCUGGCAGGGGCGCCCGUUCCUCUGCCCGCCGGUGCUCCCACCCACCUUCUUCCCUCCAAGAGGUUAAUCAAGGUUUGCUCUUCUCCUCCCCCCGCCUCCCCCCCCCCCCCCCCCCCCCGCCGCCCACCCCAGCGUUUCCAUACGGCUUGUUCACAGGCCCCUCCUAGGCCGAGGGUGAAUGCUCCCUUACACUGA